AACAGUCGCAGUAAUGCCGCAUAACCCUUUUGGACUGCUACAAAAUAUUCCGGUUGCUAAUGCGGCAUUGCGACAUUACCAUUAACUCUCCACCACUCUUCACACUUAAUUCUUGCUCACAGUGUUGUGCGAAAGAGGGUGCUACAAACGCCGGUCAUCGCGAAAGUACGCGAGUACAUACAUUUGUCGACCCUGAGACUCAUCAAGGCUGAGUGAGGCUGAGUAAUCGUCGUCAUCGCUCGCCGAACCAAUGUCAACGACAUAACCAAACUCUUAACCGAACGAUAUGGAGACAUUGUACCAUCAGACCAACAAAUUGGUGCAGGAGACACAGCACCUCUUCUCGCAACUGGAGACGCGAACGUCUAGCGCGGAUCAGCAGGAAGUCCAGGAGGCGAUAGAGAGCAAGAUCAACCUUAUCAAUAGCAAUUGCGAGCGUCUGGACGUGCUGUGUCUGAAGGGUCCGGUGUCGCAGAGACAGAAUGCCCGAAUGCGAGUGGACCAGCUGAAGUACGACAGCCGUCACCUCGGCGCAGCUCUGACCAUGUGGCGCAACCGUGUGCUGCGCCAGGAGAGGGAAAGGACAGAGAGAGAGGCCCUACUGGCCAGGAAGUUCACUACUAAUGAUCACGUGGAUAUUAUGAUCGAUCACACCGCACAGCAUAGCAACAGUUUACAAAACGCCGUUCACGGCGUGGACGAUUUGCUGCAUCAAGGCAGUAGCGUCCUGGACAACCUCAGGUCGCAGAGGAUGACGCUGAAAGGAGCCCACAAGCGGCUGAUAGACAUCGGUAAUACUCUGGGCCUCUCCAACACCACCAUGAGGCUUAUAGAGCAAAGAGCCAAGCAGGACGGAUUUAUUUUAAUCGCCGGGAUGACGUUCACGUGUAUAGUAAUUGUUCUAGUGAUAGUUUAUCUUACUUAAGAUCAUUCCAAAGAUUGCCCAGUGUAAUAUAUAUAUAUAUUGUAAUUGUUAAUCACAGAUACAGACAUAAUUAAUUUAUAUUUUUCUGAUACUCGAUUCGACUCGCGAUUACUGUUGCAUGUAUGAUAGAUAGCAAACUUGUAUGAAACUGUUAAGAAUUUAUAUGUACACACAUUAAAAUAGGCACGAUCUACAAGAUGUUAUACGUUUUAUAUAUUCCCAUUCUUAUUUAUAUGUACAUAUAACGACACAUCGCAUAU